AUGGUAUCCGACAGGCAGGAAAGAUUAGGCGCAUGGAGGAGCCUAUUCCAGAGACUGAGUAUCAUCCAGGAGGGGGACCGGGUGCUCCCAGAUGAGGAGGCCAUGCUGCCAGAGGACGCCGUACGCGUAGAGGACGCGGUGCUGCUGCUAGAGGACCUGGUGGUGGAGGACACCGUCUGCCAUUCCAGGCCGGUGGUGGCAACACUGGGACUCACCUACGUUUACGCCGCGCUCCUACUUGCUGAGAUACCUGGGUCUUCAUCACAGCCGAGCCAGAAUGCAUACAUGGAGGAGCGUGAUAACGUCGAUUGGGCGGCGUUACGCGCUUCAUUAGCUGAUGAGCGGCCUGUGAGGAAUUUAGAGGGAGCCAGGAUUCUUGACUUCGAUGAGUUUUUGAUCCCGGAUUCGGCGCCAGCGGGUCCACCAGAGCCACCCACUCAGGCGUUUUCUCAUGGGCCUGCCGAGCCAGCGGUGUCUGCCCAUGUGACUAUUGAGCCACAGGAUUCGGCGCCAGUGGGUCCACAGGAGCUACCCAUUCAGGAGCAUUCUCAUCAGCCUGCCGAGGCAGAGGUGUCUUCUCAUGAGACUACUGAGGCACUGAGACUGGCUAUAGCUGAUAGCAUGAUAACUGUUUCUGAUUAUGGAACUCAUGCAAAUAACUGGUUAUACACUGACGGAGACUUCUGUGAUAACAAUGCAUAA